GCCUUAUCUUUUUUUACUAUUAUUCUUGGCUCACAAAACCAAAGUUUAGGGGGUUAACCAACAGGCUAUCAUUGUUUAUAAGCACUUCUCAACAGGAGAACAAAAGAAGAGAGAGAGAAACACAAGCUAUCAUUUCAAAAGCAAAAGCUAAAGCAAGAAGAUAAUAAAGAGAGGAAUUCAAGGUUGCAGGAGGGUUUCUCUUUUUCUUUUUCUUUUUCUUUUUUUUUAUAAAAAAUAUCUGUGUGAAGAAACUGGAGUUAGGGAAGAUGAUGCAGACUGAGCAGCAGCCUCAGCACCAAAAUCAGUUAACGGUUCAAAACUCUGGGAGUCUCAGCUUUAGCAGUCAUUUGUCUAAGGAAGAUGAGGAGAUCUCAAAGUCUGCGCUUUCUACUUUCAGAGCCAAAGAAGAGGAGAUUGAAAGGAAGAAGAUGGAGGUUAGAGAAAAAGUUCAGCUUCAGUUAGGCCGUGUUGAAGAGGAAACGAAACGUUUGGCCUCGAUUCGUGAGGAGCUUGAAGCACUGGCAGAUCCUAUGAGGAAGGAAGUUGCUGUGGUCCGAAAGAAGAUUGAUGCAGUUAACAAAGAAUUGAAGCCACUAGGCCACACCUGCCAGAAAAAGGAAAGGGAAUACAAGGAAGCCCUCGAGGCGUUUAAUGAGAAGAACAAGGAAAAAGUACAGCUAAUCACAAAAUUAAUGGAGAUUGAACAGCUGGUGAGCGAAAGUGAGAGGUUGAGGAUGAAGAAGCUGGAAGAGCUGAGUAAGAACGUAGAUUCCUUGCACUAAUAAUAUAAAGCCCUUAAGUUGUGUUUUAACUCAUUAGGCUUGUGUGAUGUAUUUAAGGUUACUUCCAUAUUUAUAAAUGGAUUGUGUUUACUGUUUUUUCGGGUUUGGUGUACUGUAUGGUGUAUUUUCGUUUGUAAUUUCAUUAGCAUUUGAUGAACCUUAGCUGAUUUAGAAAGGGAAAUGCCCCUAUAAACAGGUUUGUAACUAAACUCUUGGUGACUGCAUUUGCUUCUCUGAUUUUUCAUGCUCAA